CUGCCGGGAAGUGAGUGUUUGUGAGACGGAGAGCGACGCGAUGGCAGAAGAUUUAGCUAAGCAGCUGGCGGGUUACAAAGCCCAAUUGCAACAGGUUGAAUCUGCGUUAACGGCCAAUGGCGAGAAUGAAGAUUUACUGAAACUAAAGAAAGAUUUGCAGGAAGUGAUAGAAUUAACCAAAGACCUUCUAUCCUCACAACCCUCGGAAACGGCAGAUGAUGCCUGCGACGACAUGUCCGCCAGCGGCAGCCAAUCAUGGAAGGUUGGAGAGAAGUGCAUGGCGGUCUGGAGCGAUGAUGGACAGUGGUACGAGGCGGAGAUCGAGGAAAUAGACGAAGAGAACGGAACUGCGGCCAUAACCUUCGCUGGCUAUGGCAAUGCCGAAGUCACGUCUCUGCUCAAUCUGAGGCCGGUCGAGGAGGGGAGGAAAGCCAAGGAGGACAGCGGCAAUCUGCCUAUGUCAAAGAAAGAGAUGAUCGCUGCCCAGAGAGAAUAUAAGAAGAAGAAAGCGCUAAAGAAAGCCCAGAGAAUAAAGGAGCUGGAGCAGGAGAGGGAAGACCAGAAGGUGAAAUGGCAGCAGUUCAAUAACAAAGCCUACUCCAAAAACAAGAAAGGCCAGGUCAAGAGAAGUAUCUUUGCCUCCCCCGAGAGUGUGACAGGGAAGGUGGGAGUGGGCACGUGUGGCAUUGCAGACAAACCCAUGACACAGUACCAGGAUACGUCCAAAUACAACGUGCGGCACCUCAUGCCCCAGUGACGGCGGGACUGGCCGGACGGAUUCUCUGCUGGGCUUUGCAUUUUAUCAAUAUAUUUUUCUAAAACUAAAUUAUUGGCUGUUGUAUGAGGAACAUCGAGGCGGCGGUCUCCUUUCACUUUAAGAACUGUCUCCUCUGAUUUCAUGUCCCUCUCUCAGCCGCAAGAGUGAUGGACUGGGGGUGCAAGGUGAUUAAUGUGCCCGAUGCCCCCCACUUACAGGAUGCAAAUCUGUCACCUCUUUACCUGCAGCACCGAUGCUCUUUGGACUCAGCGUGGGGGGGUCUGCCCUGUUUGGUCAUUUGUGCCCCAGGGGUAGGGUUCUGCAGGGUCACGUACUGGCAGCAUCUAAUGGAGACACAGUGCACAAUGGGUUAAAUGAUGGGGCAUUUGGUGCCCAGUUAAAAGCACAAAGCUAGAGGUUGACAAACUGUUGGUCGUUCCUAGCCGCUGUUGGGAUGCGGUGCUGCCUGCUAGGGUGAUCGCUAGGGAUUUACCUACCAUAGUUACGGAAGUUGUGUGCCAGGUACCCUAGCUCUAUUUAAAGCUGAACCCCCCCAGUUUAGGAUUCCCACACAGACCAAAGCUUGAUGCUGAUUCUGGUCGCUCCGCGUAAGCUGCCAUAUUGGGUAUUUGGGCAGCCCGUCAUUCUGUAUCCACUCGCUGACCCACACAGGCCAAUAAAUCCUCCGCCGGCCGGCCUGCCCAAUAUCUGGCCUAAUAGAUAGCAACUGAGCAGGUUUCAUGUUCUUGCCCAAUGGGAUGUCGAUGCAGGUUUAAUCCACCUACAGGCCCCGCUCUAUGGGUCAGCGAUGGGAUCAGCCCAAGGUGGCCAAACAAGUGGAUCGGGCAGUGAUUGGCCAAUCCGCCGCCACAAGAGAAGGUUCCUGUCCGUUCCUCAUACACAGUUGUAAUUUGUGUAACAGUCGUAGGGCGAGCGCGUGGGCUGCGUGCCCUGUAUAUAUAUCGUUUUUGUACAUAAAAGUCUCGUGGGUAACGAUUGUGAGUUUGUUUUAAUCCCGUGUGUAAAUAGGGAAUUGCCAUUUUGUUACUAGAAAGCCCCUUGCAGGGGUUAAACCUUAAUAGCCCUCCCACUCCAUCCUCUCUCCUCCUGUGUGGUGCUAAUACGCCCCCUAGAGUCCAGUAGCUCUAGCGCUUCUAAUGAGAAGCUGAUUGGCCGGGUUCCGUGCCUGAUGUUCUGGACAAUAUUUAGCCGGGGCGGGAGGCUAAUUUGGUAGCAGGGAACGUCCUGUGUGUUGGUUCCAGGGAAGAGCGAGUACAGAGUGUCCUGUGCAGAUGCCAGCUGUGCCCCCCCUCAUUGCCUGACCCGGUGCCAACGUAUCCCUGCGCCUCACUGCUUCCCCCCCCCCCGGGCACUCUGGGUUUGUCUUUCUGACACCAACUGUACAUUUUCCUAUUGUAACUAAAUGAUGUUUUCUCACCUGUGGGAGGGGCAACAUGGCGGGGGGUGGGGGGGGCGUGUUUUGUAAAACUGAAGAAUAAAGGUUUCUUGUGCCAGA